UUUGUAAGUGUUUACUGCUGAUUUACUGUCAUAUAAGAAUAAUAUAAUAAGGAACAUAAAAAUAAAUAAAAUAAGUUAUAUUACAGAGAAAUAAUACAAGACAUUAUUUAAAAUGACUGUUAAUGAGAAUACUGAAGAUGACCCAGAGCAAAUUGCUGGAUCAAAUUCAGAUUUAGCUGAAAGUGAAAAAGCUGUUCUACUAACAUUCAUUCAGGAAAUCCAAGAAAAACUUGCCCAGAAAAAAGAACUAAGAGCUAAAAACACAAAUGCCUCGAGCAACAGACCUAGUGACUCAUCUUUUAGUAAACUAGAUUCAAGUUUGAAGAAAAAUACAGCAUUUGUUAAAAAAAUUAAGAACUUUUCUUCAUCAUGUGUAGAAGGCUACCUUAAGGAUAUGGCUGGUUUGAAUUUAUCUAAAUACAUAUCAGAAAUUGCAGCCGCAAUAGUUGACUCAAAACUUAAAAUGAGUGAUGCUCCAGCUGCAGUAAAGCUAUGUAGUGUUUUACACCAAACCUAUGCUGAUUUCUCACAACAUCUUUUCGAAAACUGGCAGAAAAUUUUAGCUAUUAAGGUUGGAGACAAAAUUCCCAACCCCAGUAAAUUACGUGUUGAUUUAAGAUUUUAUGCUGAUCUGUUACAAGCAGGAAUAUUUUCAAAUAAGAAUGCUCUAUCACUACUCGGCUCUGUUUUAACAACUUUGAUCAACAUGGAUAAAGAGGAACAUUUCAAUAUUGCUAUUAUUUUGAGUUUUUGUAGACAUUGUGGAGAUGAUUAUGCAGGACUUGUACCUCGAAAGAUGAAAGAAUUUUCUACCAAAUACAAUAUGGAAAUACCAAAAAGUGCAUUUCUACCUUCUGAGAAGCAACAAAAUGUUAGAGCUUUACUAAAAGACUACUAUGUUUCACUUUGUAAACAUUUGGUAAAAGAUCACAUUGAGAUGCAAAAUUUUGAGAGGCAGAACAUGAGAAUACUUCAGACCAAAGGAGAGUUAAGUCAAGAAAGAAAGGAAAAACUUGAACAAUUGCAAUCAGCAUAUGAAAAGUUGUUAGCUAAUACUCAAAAUUUUUCUGAUAUAUUAGAUGAAGAUAUGCCUACAUUAAGAACACAAAACUUGCCAAAGGGAGAUGAAAACAUGAUCGUAACUGGUUCAGGUACUGAUUUAGAAGAUGGAACCGGUAACGUAGAAAAUAUAUGGUGUGAUAUAGAAACUCAAAAGUUUUACUGUGAUUUGCCAGAACUGACUGUAUUUCUUCCUACAGCAUUUUUAAACAAAGGGCAGACUCCUCCUCCAGCUGAAACUGCCGUGACGGAAGAAGUUUUGGAUAGCGAUUUACCUGUAGAGGAAUUGGAAGACGAUAGUAAAGCAGAAGAACCCCCAAUUACCGAGGAAGAAAUAGAAGAUCCAACUUCAACAACUGCCAGCAAUAAAAUAGUGUUAGAAGCUUUUUUAAACAAUUUACCUAAUUGCGUAAACAGAGAAAUGAUCGACAAUGCAGCAAUAGAUUUUCUGGUUACAUUGAACAACAAACAUAAUCGUAAGAAAUUGGUUCGUAGUUUGUUUGGAGUAAACCGCACCAGAUUAGAUCUGCUUCCGUUUUAUGCACGGUUUGUUGCUAUUUUGCAUCCUGCAGUUCCUGAAGUAGGAAGCGAGCUAUGUCAAAUGUUACGACAGGAUUUUAAGUAUCAUGUUAGGAAAAAAGAUCAGAUAAACAUAGAAUCGAAAAUUAAAGUCGCUAGGUUUAUAGGGGAACUUGUAAAAUUUAAAUUAUAUUCUAAAAUAGAAGCUCUCUACUGCCUGAAAGUUUUACUUCAUGAUUUUUCUCAUCAUCACAUAGAAAUGGCAUGUAAUUUGUUGGAAGUCUGCGGAAGAUUCUUAUACUGUAGUCCAGACUCUUACCAAAGAACUAAAGUGUAUAUAGAACAAAUGAUGAGAAAAAAGGCAGUUAUGGCAUUGGAUUCGAGAUACGUAACACAGAUUGAAAAUGCUUACUACUAUGUUAAUCCUCCUGAAGUCGUUACAAUUACGAAAAAAGAGAGACCUGUGAUGCAUCAAUUUAUAAGAAAGUUACUCUAUCAGGAUUUACAGAAGAAUAAUACCGACAAAAUUAUGAGACUUAUGAGAAAAUUAGAUUGGGCCAAUCCAGAAAUCGCUGCUUAUGCUGUAAAAUGUUUGACAGGUGCUCAUAAUCUUAAAUAUUUCAAUAUUAGGUGCUUAGCAAAUCUAUUAGCAGGUCUAGUUGCCUAUCAAGAAGAGGUUGGAACUAAAGUUGUAGAUGGUGUUUUAGAAGAUAUUAGAUUAGGUAUGGAAGUAAAUCUUCCCAAGUACAACCAAAGACGAAUAGCUCAAGUCAAAUAUCUUGGAGAAUUAUACAAUUAUAGAAUGGUAGAAAGUUCAGAUGUUUUUAAAGUUUUAUAUUCAAUAAUAUCAUUUGGAGUUUCAAUGGAUCCUACUGAGCCUUCUCCACUUGAUCCGCCCCAUCAUUUAUUUAGAAUUCGACUGGCCUCCGUGCUUUUAGAAACCUGCGGAACAUAUUUUAGUAGUGGUAGCAGUAAACGGAAGCUUGACUACUAUUUAGCAUUUUUACAAGCAUAUUACUGGUUUAAAAAGAAAAUGUGGCAAGAAGGAUUCCCUCCAAUACUUGAACAUAUCUUUAAAGAUACCCUAACUACUUUGAGGCCCAAACUGAAACUUUGUCAAAGUUACGAUGAGGCGAUCGAAGAAUUAAACAAUAUCAAAGUGGCGUUAGGUAUAGAAAAAUUACUGGAAAUCGAUCAUGGAACCGUAGAAGAAGAUGGAUUAGACACAAUAACGGAAACUGAUAACGAAGAAGUAGCAGAGGAUGAGACAUCUGAAGGAGUAACGGGUCCUGUGACUGAUGACACUGCCACGGAAGAUGAAACAGUUGAUAACACUCAAGGAUCGGAUGAUGAAGGUGAAAAUAUGACUAGUGAAGCCGAACAAGAUCCAGUUUCAGAAUCUUUGGCGAUACCCAAAGGACCCAAAAAGGUUGACUGUGCUGAAGAUGACGAAUUUCUAAAUGCUCUUGAUAAAAUGGUUUCGGAAAAUAUCCAGGAGCGCAUGAAGGAGCCUGUUAAAUCCGGAAAUAUUGACAUUUCUGUUCCAGUUGUUCUUAAGUCUAACGUUAAACGAACUUACGAACAGUUACAGGAAACUCCAGAUGAAAGCACCCAGGGGAAAAUUGGAUUCGUACUUAUGGUACGUAAAGGUAACAAACAGCAAUAUAAACAGUUUGAAGCUGAUGUUGAUUCAGAAUUAGCACAAAAUCUUAGAGACCAAGAGCAGGCUCAAAGGGAAGAGAAGGAGAAAGUCAAACGUCUUACGUUAAACAUAACAGAGAGAUUCGAAGAGGAAGACUAUCAAGAAAUGAUGCAACAACAAAACAAGCCUAUUACCCAAAAUUUAAAUCGAGAAAGAAAAAAAUAUCAACAUCUUAAAGGUACCCCAGAUGCUGACUUAAUAUUUGGUCCUAAAAAAGUUCGAUAAAGAAUAUGUAAGUACCACAGAAGGAAUUAACUAUUGGAACUCAAAUUGAACUGAGGAUUUUAAAAGAAAUAAAACGCUGUAGACUAGUUGUGGUUUGAAGUUAAGAUUUUUUUGAGAAUUACGUCCUUUAUGAAGUAUUUAAGAAGUUUUUUUACGAUUGUGAGUGACGUUUUGUUUAAAUUUUCUAAAUAAAUUAGCAGUUUACUUAUUGUUGAA